CCAUGUUUGUCGUUCCUGACCGUGUUCCUGAUGCUGUGGUCGUGUCAUGCGGCGCGCGAUUUCCCUUGUGACUGAAUUAUGCGAGCCAUUGUAACAAGGACACGCUUCCAGGGAUUGUGUUCCGCUAUAGUCAAGAAACAAGAACGUGAUACAAUGUCAAGCAUGCCGAAAAUAAUACCAGUCAAGUCUCCUCUAAACUACGGGUCCAACGCAGCCGAAGAAGCAGCAUCUAUAUUGAAGGCGGGUGGAGUGAUCGCAGUGCCUACAGACACGAUCUACGGUGUUGCGGCACUCGCGCAACAUUCCGAAUCUGUCGCGCGGUUGUUCCAGUUGAAAAGGAGGGACGCCGGAAAACCUGUCGCAAUCUGCGUUCACGACGUUGCUGAAAUAUCGCAAUGGGCUGAAGUUUCAAUACCUGAGAACCUACUGCGCCAGCUUUUCCCGGGACCAGUAACGGCGGUGUUCUGUCGGACGUCUCGCCUCAAUCCUGCUUUGAAUCCAUUCACGAACCUAGUGGGCGUUCGAGUUCCGGACAGUGAUUUCAUCAGGCAGACGACGAAGCUCUGUGGUGGACCGCUGGCACUCACAAGCGCCAACGUCAGCUCUGAGAUGAGCACCCUUACCAUACAGGAAUUCCAAAGCCUGUGGCCAUUCCUAGAUGCUGUGUUCGAUGGAGGCGACUUGUCAGUGUCUGGAUUUCACAGGGAAGGGUCCACAGUCAUCGACUUCUCGUUGCCGGGCUGCUUCAGAAUUCUGCGAGAGGGCUGUGUACCACACCUGUGCAGAAGGCUACUGCAAGAAUCGCACCUGAAAGAAGUGCAGCACCUGUAGUGUAUGCAUCGGCUGUAGAUUCAUCUGGUCAAGUGUUCCUCAUCAACUGUACAUAAGACAUCUAUUAAUAAAGCUUAGUCUGUUGCCGCUUCAA